UUGUAAAUAAAUAAAUAGAAAAAAAAAGGGAAUCGGGGACUAUGAAUAAAUACAGAAUUAAUUUAAAAUGAUGCAAAAACAAACAGUCUCAUAACUCCAACUUAAUUUUAAUAUAAAUAAAAAACGCGAAUUGUAUAUUUAAGAAAUGUGAAAUCAUUCUUGUCAUUGAAAUUUUAAUUAAUAAAAGUUUUUCGCAUUAUCUGUUAUUAUCCAAGUAUUUUUACUUGACAAUGAGGAAGUCUAUUAUGAUUAAUGAAUUCCAUCGUUUUAAAAUUUGUGAUUACGUCCUCAGACUAAUAAAAAUCGAAAAAAUUAAUUUUUGUACUUUUUCUAAUAAUUCCAACGAUGACGAAGAUGAGAAGGUGUCACCGAAAAGGAGAAAAAUUGUUGUUUAUAGGAAAACUUUCUCUGUUCAUCCAAGUAAACCUUCCAAAAUAUUAGAUUGGAAAAAGGCUUCACAGGUUGUUAAACGAUUGAAUUAUGAAAAUAAGAAAUUAUUUGGGCCACUCUUAAACCACUCUCAAAACGAACAAUACGACAAAACGAAGUUGAAUGAGUUUAAUGAAAUUGUUCAGCACCGAACUACGCUUCCCAUCGAAGAUUGUGCCGAUUCAAAACCUGCUCCUAAAAAAAGCAGUGGUAGAAGUGGAAUAAACAAUUCAUUGGAUUUUGAUUAUAAUAAUAUCUUAGAUUUCCCUCUUUUAAAUAAGUCUUAUGACGGAGAGAAAAUGCAAAUUAAGAUUAAUGAAAUAAAUGCAUUGCGGAAACAUUUAGAAAGUAAGACUAACUUCAUGGUGCCAAGUGUUUCUGCAAUUUUAGAAAAAACUAUGCCGAAAGAGAGUGUGGAAGCUUUAGCUCGAUGGAAACGGAAUAUGAUUGAGAAAUUAGGUGAAGAAGGCUUUCAGAAAUACAGGGCUGAGUUAUUGAAAAAUGGAGCUUCUAUUCAUUCCAACAUUAAUAGUUACUUGAGUGCAACUCCUGAAGCUGAUAUUCUAAUUGAGGAAAGUAAUUUGGGACAUUGGAGAAGUCUGAAGACCAUAUUUCCUAGAAUAACUGACAUCAAGCUGUUAGAAGAAAGAGUUUCACAUCCAUUUCUAUGCUAUAAGGGUAUAGUAGAUUGUUUUGCAAAAUAUAGAGAUCAUUUGGUGGUGAUUGAUUGGAAAACAUCAAAAAGAACAAAAGGAGCUUUAUCCAGCACCUAUGACAAUCCUUUACAAAUUGCUGCCUAUGUUGGAGCUUUAAAUUUUGAUCCUAAAUUUCAAUAUUUGGUUAGAAAAGGAUUAAUAGUUGUUGCAUAUGAGAGUGGAGUUCCUGCAAAUCCUCUUUUCAUUGAUGAAGAAAAAAUGUUGAAAUAUUGGAAAGAAUGGUUGAAACGAAUCAAACUAUACUGGGAGAUUGUAGAAUCUUCCAAAUAAAAUAAGCUUCGUUGUAAUUCGUAAACUGUACAUAAAUGUAUAAUAAAAUGUACUUUUUUAAACCACA